AAAUUGAUUUCAAAGCAAACAUUGUUUACAAUAAAUUCAUCAAAAGAUAUCAUAAUAUCAGUGAAGACCAAGAAAUGGCAAAUUUAGUGAGUUUCGGUCGAAUCGGUCGUUCACUUACUCGGGCUUUGUUUGAAUGCAAACAAAACUCUUUGGUUUUGACCACAACUCAGGUCCGAAAUAUUGAGUCACAAGAUCUGGAAGAGAUCAGAAAGAAUCCGUCAACACUUCCUUUGGAUAGAAAAGGCAAAUACUCUCCGUUCCCAAAGCCGACGUCUAAAGCGGAGUUUGCAUUGGCCCGAGUGGACGACUUGUUGAAUUGGGCCCGAAAAAACAGUUUAUGGCCACUCACGUUUGGUCUGGCCUGUUGUGCUGUCGAAAUGAUGCACAUCGCAGCCCCCCGUUAUGAUAUGGACAGGUUUGGCGUCGUUUUCAGAGCGAGUCCGCGUCAGGCAGACGUUAUCAUUGUGGCCGGAACUCUGACCAAUAAGAUGGCGCCCGCAUUGAGACGUGUUUACGACCAGAUGCUCGAACCCCGAUGGGUCAUAUCGAUGGGUAGUUGUGCCAAUGGCGGCGGUUAUUAUCAUUAUUCGUAUUCAGUGGUCCGCGGCUGCGACCGAAUUAUUCCCGUAGAUAUUUAUGUGCCGGGUUGUCCUCCAUCUGCAGAAGCGCUCUUUUAUGGUAUAUUACAGUUACAGAAGAAAAUCAAACGUAUGAAUCACAACCAGAUGUGGUAUCGAAAGUAAAUUUAUUGCAAAUCUUUAGU